AUGGCUCGCCCAAGAAUAAGAACUUCCGCUCGUCCUCCAUCUUCCAUUGUCGAAGAUAUUGCUCCACCUCCACCCUCUUCUGGUGGCAUCCCUCCCACUAGCUCAGUCAAUCACACUCCUUUGAUUCUGAUAGGCUCCGUCGACACUAGGGUUCAUCACAACCCUCAAACAAAUCCAAACCUAGACAUCAAUGAUCAUUCAGCCCAUGAAAAUCCCUAUUUCCUAGGGUCUGUCGAUCAUCCAGGUAUAAUACUUACAUCUCCUCUUCUCACAGAAAAAAAAUUUCAAUCUUGGAGAAGAGAUUUCAAGAUUUCAAUUGGGGCUAAGAACAAAUUUGCCUUCAUCAAUGGUUCUCUACCUCAACCACCUGCUUUCGAUCCCCAUUUCAAUGCUUGGCAACGCUGCAACCAAAUGGUCAUGUCGUGGGUUCUUCACUCAGUUUCACCUGAGAUCAAGACCAGUAUUAUGUACCUUGAAUCUGAGGCAGCAAUGUGGAGUGAGCUCAAUCAUUGCUUUGAUCAAGGUAAUGGUCCCAAGAUCUUUAAACUUCGUGAAUCUCUUAUUAUUCUUCACCAGGGUUCUGAUACUGUAAGCACCUACUUCACCAAAUUGAAGGCCAUUUAG